UAUUUCCGUCUAUCGCCAUUUUGUUGAAUGCUGUUGUGUAGUGUUUUGGUGGGAAAGGAAACUAAUGUGUUUUAUUAACUUUGUUCUAUAAGUAAUGCGUUAUUAUGAUUUGCAUUACGUAAGAAAGUGCUGCUAUUGACUUUUUUAUACUGUUAUGCAAUUAAUUUGGUACUAGGUCUGCCUACCUACCCAUCCAGGUUAUGCAUUUUCCCAAGGACCUUCUACGAGAGAAUUAGCAGUUGAACUUUCUUCCUCCUAAAUGCUAGGUGUUCUUUGAAGAGAGAAGAUUAGGUUUAUUCUCACUGUUGAUCAGUAAGUAACCGAAGAUGAGUGUUAUUAUUCGACUUCAGAACCUGCCAUGGUCGGCAAAUGCAUUGGACAUAAGGCAGUUUUUCAGAGGACUGUCCAUUCCGGAAGGAGGGGUUCAUAUAGUCGGUGGGGAACAAGGAGAUGCAUUCAUAGCAUUCAGCACUGAUGAAGAUGCUCGUCAAGGCAUGAUGCUUGAUGGUGGAAAAAUAAAAGAAGUUAAAAUCAGGCUGUUACUGAGCUCUCGGACCGAAAUGCAGAAAGUUAUUGAACAGGCUCGCCAACAGUCAGUAACUCUUCAAACGUUUAUGCAGAUGCCAGCUCCUCCAAUGGCACCUUUGCCCUCUGUUCCAAGUAUGCCGUCAAUGAUGGCGCAGCAGAUGUCUCAGCCCCAUCCCUCUAUGCCUCCAACGAUUCCACAAUCACCUGUAAUAAAUUCUUCAAUACCAGUUACGGCAGCACCAGUUGUGGCUGAAGUUGCGCCUGUUCCUGUUUUGCCCGAUCGUCGUGAGCAAGAACUGAAGGAUAGGGAAUCUGAUAAUGUAAGUGUCACCAGCAAUAAAGAUAGGAAAGAUAGACGUGAGAGAUCGCGGUCUCGAGAUAAGGAUGGUGAACGUCGAAAUAAGAGAGAGCGUGAUAGAUCGCGUGGACGCCGUGACAGAGACCGUGAUCGCAAUCGUCGUCAUAGAGACAGAAGUAGUAGUAGAGACCGUGAUCGUAAUGACAGAAACAGGAGACGUGAUAGGAGAGACAGAAGUCGUUCAAGAGAUCGUAGUCACUCAAGAGAUCGCAACAGUCGUGAUAGGGAGCGUGAUCCAAAGCGAAACUCUAGAGACCACAGACGAGAUUCUUCGUCCAUACCAAAAGAAGAAAAAGAUAUUGAAGAUUCAUCAGAUAUGGUUGCAAUUCCAAAGCUCCCAAAUCCUCAGCCUUUAUUGCUACCACACCUAAAAAUGCAGCAACAACUACAACAGCAACAGCAACAGCUACAACAGCAACAACAACUACAACAGCAACAGCAACCACUGCCAUUACCACUCCAAAAUAAUCCAAUUCCUUUCAUUCAUAUGCAACAGCAUGCCAAGACACCAACACAAAUGCGUCCAAUGGGAUCAUCAGCUAUCAGAGCAGCAACACCUGGUACACUACUUAGUAAUGCACCAACCACACCAGGUAAACUGCUGGAUAUUGGCGGACAUGGAAGAUGGGACUUGCCUGUCACUGCUCAUGUUAUGGGAAAUGUACAGGGAGGUUUCAAACCAUUGCCUGCAAUUUCACAGGGAAUUCGUCCUUUACAACCAUCUUUAGAUGCUGGCCAUCUACGUGAAAUCGAUAAUAGACAUAAUUUGAGUGGAGUUUCUUUCCCCAGUGAAGUAUUGAGACCAUCAUUGCCGAGUGUUGGGCAUGAUAUUUCGCAAACACCAUUCAUGAAAACGGAAGGUUUUCGAGAUGUCAAUAACAGAGAAAACAUUUUACUCCGAGGACAAGAAAACUGGCAAACAUCGCCAUCAAAACAAGGACCAGAAGGAAAUAAUAGGUUUCCAAGAAAUGACAGAGGGGCAGGAUUUCCUAAUCCACAAGAUUCGUUUAACAAUGAAGAGUAUGAUGACAACAACAAAAUAGCAGAUUUUGACUAUCCUUCACACAGGGGUAAUUUCCGUGGAUCAAUGAGAGGUAUGGGUGACUUUCGAAGAGGAUUUCCAGGGAGAGGAAGAGGACUGGGGCCCAAUGCCAAUAGAGGCUUUCCACCGAACAGCCAUAAUGAGACUGACAGAAGGAACAUGCCUGCAUUUUCAUCUGAUAGGAGGGGACAACCAAAAAUGUUUGGUAGACAAGGUCGAACAGAUCCUAAUGCUUUUAAUAAGGACAGAUUUGAAAAUUUUGACAGAAGUCAUUCAAAUGAUCGGCAGUUUUCGGGAAGAGGAGAAAAUUUUGCAAAUGAGAGAUAUCAUCCUGGUGGGUACACUAAUGACAGAUCAUAUGAUAAUCGACAGAAAAAUGUUGGAACAAGUGUGGAAAUUCGUAAUAUGCCAUCAGAAGCUCGUUAUUUUGAUAUAAAACGCUUCUUUCAUGGUCUUCCAAUUGGUGGUCGUGGAAUCAAACUAAUCAACGAUAAUCAUGGAAAUCGUGUCGGAAUAGCAUAUGUACGUUUUUUCAAACAUGAGCACAAAGAACAAGCGCUGACGUUUUCAGGGAAGCCCAUGUGUGGUUCACCUGUAGAAGUGUUGCAUCUCAGUGAUGAAAUAUUUGAUAAAGCUAUAGAUUCAUUCAAUCCACAUGAAGAAAUUGAUGAUGGAAAAGUUAAGGAUUCUUUGGAGACAUUUGUUUGUUUGACUGUUCAUGACAUACCAGUUUAUACCAAAGAAGAUGAUCUAAAUAAGUUGUUCCAUGAUUUUGGUGUGGAUGAAAUCAUUUUACUUAUGCCUAAUGACAAGAAACAAAAUGUGGCAUAUGUAAAGUUUAAAAAACCUGAAGAUGCCAAAAGAGCUACGCGUACACUCAUGAAGCCAACAAUAGGACAUAAACUGGUUACUAUUAUGCCAUGUUCUUUAGAUCAUUACCAGCAUGCAAAGAAACUUAGACAAGAAAAACGACCAUUUGAUUCUCAAGAGCGAGUUCCUGCUCCUGCAACAGAAAAUGCAGUUGUAAAUAAAGCUCCAGCAGAUCCUCGACAGCGAGAAGCCGAUCCUCGACAGCGAGAAGCCGAUCCUCGACAGCGAGAAGCCGAUCCUCGACAGCGAGAAGCCGAUCCUCGACAGCGAGAAGCAGAUCCUCCUCGACAGAGGGACACAGAUACCCGAUUGCGGGACACAGAUACUCGACAGCGCGACACAGAUACUCGACAGCGCGACACAGAUGCCCGGCAGCGAGAUGCAGAUGCUCGGCAGCGAGAUACAGAUCCUAGACAGCGAAAUACAGAUCCUCGGCAGCCAGAGGCAGACCUUCGGAAGCGAGAGGCGGAUACGCGGCAGAGGGAGGCGGAUACGCGGCAGAGAGAGGCAGAUACACGAAAGAGAGAGGCAGAUACACGAAAGAGAGAGACAGAUACACGGCAGAGAGAGACAGAUACACGGCAGAGAGAAGCUGAUCCACGGCAAAGAGAGACAGAUCCGCGGCAGAGAGAGGCGGAUCCUCGACUUCGAGAAACUCCCAUGGAUAUUUCCAGGCCAGAAGUAAUAAAGCCCCUUUUAAUAAAUACAGACUGCAUUUUACUGAAAGGAUUACCAAAUAAUGCUAAUGACCGUGAUAUCUUGGAUUUUUUCUCAGAUAUUGGAUUGGUGCCACUUAGAAUACACAUAAUGCUCGACAAAUUCAACAAACCAACGGGUGAUGCAUUCUGUGAGUUUUCCAGUGUAGAAGAAGCAGCGCGUGCUGUUACAAAACACCAAAUGCCUUUGGGAAAGGAAAAUGUCAGUGUUGAGGCAUUACCUCGUGCAGAAAUGCACGAAGCUCUAGGUAUGGUGAUGCCUCAGCCAGAGCCCCUAAUGCAGCACCCUAUUAUUCCUGGACCACGUUUUCAGCCCCCACAGUCGGUUAGAAAUCCCUUAGGCACUAGAUCGGUAGGGUUGCUAGGGGCGUCGCCAAAUGCACCAAACCGCAUGGCAUUGUUCGGUCGUCAUGCUCAUGUUCAUCCUGGACCACCCACCCAGCCACAAGAUGUACCAGUGGAAGGCUUUGGCAGACCCGGCUGUGUGAUAGCUUUGGAAAAUGUGCCAUUCAGGGCAGAUGUAGAUGAAAUACUGAAUUUCUUCCAAGGCUUCGACAUCACACGUGAAAACAUUAUUCGUCGUUUUAACGAUAAAGGCAUGCCUACGGGGGAUGCUCGUGUCGCAUUGAGCAGUCCUGCAGAUGUUCAGCGCGCAGUUCAUAUGCUGCGGUUCCGUACAAUAGGAGAAAGGCAGAUUUUCCUCAGGCCUCUGUAGUUUGUGUGCAAGUGUGGAUAACUGGAUUUUUGUUUGACACAACAGAUAGACAUUGUGAAUUUUUUUCCAAAUAUUUUAAAUUGUUUGUGGUAUCUACAGACAUGAUGCAAAUGCAUAGACAGUGAUAUUUUUGUGUGAAGAAAAGUGUUUUAUGUUGUUUCAGCAAAAUGGAUUGUGUAGUACUUCUAACAUUAAGCUGAUACUGACACUCCUUUUUAUACGUGUUUGGAACAAUUAAGAAAAUGAUAUAUUUGUUGUGUAUGUAUGCUGUAAAUAAAUGUCUCAUUUAUAAAAAAAAA